UCCAUGUAGAGCUAGUGCUUACAAGCUGCACGUUUAUUUUCUUUUCGUGCAAUAAAAACAGGAUGAUCGUAAUCCAAAUAUUACUUUACGUCUUUCUACAAUUGCAUCAGACGGAAUGCGCGAAACUUAUCGGGGGCCAACAAAUUGUUUUCCUGAGAUGCUAGAAAGACGGAGUGCUAAUGGUGCCAAGGUGCUGAAAAUCGCAGAUCUUACACUGAAUCUUGAGAAGAGUUCGAUUCUGAGCAAGAACUUUCUUCUUCGGACUUACGAAGAUAAGGUCAUGAAGCACACCUACCAUGACGGCGAAAUACUAGAACAAGACCUUUACCAUGACAUCAAUCAUUUGGCUUCGGUUAUGGUGUCUGAUGAUAGAGGACUUCAAGUGGAAGGUGUGCUGGGACCGAAUCUGGGAAUAAAGCCUCUAAUGGACGAAAGAAGUGUGGACGGGAGAACUGCGCAUGUUCUGUAUGAACUUUCUGACGACACAAGUCCCAAUGGCGCAAAUAUUGGUGUUCAGUGGAACAGUCAGGUGUCCAGCGGAAGAAACAUUUCUGAACGAAAUGACAAAGCCGAUGGCGGAAAUGCUGAAGCACGCCCGGAGCUACUGGUGGCUGUAGACAGCACGUUUCGAAGCAAGUUUUCAAGUGUUCUAACAAUUAUGAGAUACUUAAUUAUUUGUAUAAAUUCGGUCAACGUAAGGUACAUGACAGUACGUGGUAUCAAAAUACGACUCCUGCUUCAAGCAAUCGAAAUUUUCGACGUCACUGACUCUGGUUCUGCUCAGGUAUACACGGAAGAAUUUUUAUACCGCGUGGACGAGCUUCUUGCCGGGUAUCGGACCCUGGAAACUUUUCAAGAAUAUGUGGAGCGAAACCCGCACAAAUAUGACGUGUAUGACGCCGUAUAUCUCAUUACUGGGCUUAACAUGGCACAAUACAACGGAUACCACUGGGAUCUCGAAUUGCAGGGAAUCGCGUAUGUGGCAGGAGCAUGCAGCAACCGCAAAGUCGGAAUCGGUGAAGACAGAGUUGGGACUUUCUUAGGAGUGCGAAUAACAGCUCAUGAAAUCGCACAUUUGAUGGGAUGCCCCCACGAUGGGCAGUUCUUUCAGUCGUAUUCAUCUGUGGACUGUCCCUGGAACCACGGCUACAUUAUGAGCUACAAAAUUCAAGACAGCAACAGCAUGAAGUUCUCUUCAUGUUGCCAGAACAACAUAUGGCGGUUUAUACACUACGGCUCAGGAAGCUGUUUACUACAACUGCGUUCAAAACGUACAAUAAAGAAGAAAAACUUCACUGCUGAACUGCCCGGAAGACUUGUUAAAGACUUGUGCAAGGCUUCCUAUCCCGAAGUGUCAGAAACUUAUCUUAUCGAGAAUGAAGGUAGACGUGAGUGCCAAGGACGUUGCCACAUGCCUGAACACAUAUGGCGCUUGGGAUACAAGGUGGCGAUUUUUCCCGACAACACUCGUUGCAGCGAAGGCAAGAAGCCUAAAAUUUGCAUAAAUGGUCAGUGUACGGAAAAGAAGCCAAGAUAUUCAAGUUAUCGGCCAUAUAAAUAAUAAACUGACUAAAACUAAGCACGGGA